AUGUCGGAUCAGGCAGCAAGGCCCGCCAAAGUUGUGGGUUGGUACACUUCAGUGCCCUCGGGACCCACCGAGGACAUGAAGCUUCAGCUUCAAUAUCAAGAGAACUUCACAGGUUCUUGUGUUGGCCUUCGCUUCGGGCGGCCCACGGCCGCAGUGGCCAGGCUGGCAGUGGAUGCCUUCAGAAUGACUAAGUCACGAGGACGGAUGGCUCGCGUGCCCUUGCAGGUGGAAGUGGUUCCGCUGUGUAGCCUGGUCGCGCAGGAUUGCAGCUCGCUGCAGCCUACUUGCCAGCCCACUGUGCUAGCUCUGCGGCAGGUGGUGAGAGACAUGCAGCAGGCCAGGCAGGGCAAGGCAGCCAACAAAGUGGAAUUGGCUACCGAGUUGCAGUUGCUCUGUGGGCAGUACGAAGGACUGUGCCGGAUGCUGGAAUCUGAGGUUCCCAUACUGGACAACUUGCUCGAAGAUUUGAACCACAACAGCAAGGUGCUGGAGGAGGUUUUUGUGAAGGCAGAAAAAGAUGCCAGACGACAGGCUGAGGAGCACGCGGCUCGUGUUUCCACAAGGUCAUCAACCCAAGCUCUGGAUAUCUCACCUGCCCGCGAUCCGGCAGAGGCUAAUCCGGCUUCCAGCCGCCAGCAUCCCGCAGAGCUGUCGGGCAGCACAGGCUCAGCUCCGCGUGUCAGCGGACCUGCAGUCAGUGCCGAGGCAGAGAUGACCUUUGGAGCAACAGGUGAGGCCGAUGAGGUGUCAACAGAGCCAGUGAAGAAGGUUGCAAAGACAGGAAGCUUCCUCGACAAGCUUAUGAGCAGUCGAUCGGGCAGCACUUCUACAGGCGCGACAGGCCCUAGAGGUGGUGCCUUGCCAGCGGAGCGUUUGCCCAGCUCUGCUGGGCCCGCAGCUUCACAGGAGCGAUGUGCGGGGCAGGUGAAGAAAGGCCUGGAGCUCGUCCCAUGCCGGGGGAAGCCGAAGGCGAACAGCAUAUACUGUGCUCGGCACAGCAAGAUGAAGGAGCCUGAGCCGCGCGCUGCGACGAAUGCUAGUGCGGCCAGCGCGGCCAGCGCGGCUAGCGCGGCUAGCGCUGAUGCCAGAUUGCCGACGGCUGCAUCGUCCGAUGAGGUACCAAAGGUUGCGGAGCCAUCCAAUGUCAAGAGAUCGCUUCUCAAGCGUGGUCGGCACAUCUCAUCUGAGACACAGGACCAGGAGAGACGUCGGGAUUGA